AGAGACCUGUGGCUGUUCUGACCCUCCAACCCAUCUGGCCCCAGAUAUUCAGUGGGGAGACUGUCACUCUCAGUUGUAACAUUCAAGGGGGAGAAGAGAUUGAGUAUGCGUUUUAUAACAGUGGGAAGUCGGUCACGAAUACAGAGCCUGAGUACAGAAUCAGUCCUGCAAAGAAUGGUCUAUAUACCUGUAAAGGUCUUCAGAAAACAAAUGGCUUAAAACACUCCCAGACAAGUAGUGCUAUACAAUUGACUGUGUUAGAUAAACCCCAAGCUGUCCUGAGUGUCUCUCCUCAGUGGCUGAACCCUGGAGACUCAGUUACUCUGAGCUGUGGGGUUAAAGAGUCAUCUACAGGCUGGAGGUUCUUCUGGUACCGAACUGUUCCCUACACAGCUGGGUUACUCUUCCUAUCAGACAGGUCCUACUCUGUAGAGCCUCUAUCUGGCAAUGGGACUAGUGAAGACUCCUACACUCUGAUCCCUGCUGGUCCUAGUCACACAGGAGGAUAUGUGUGUAGAGCUGGGAGAGGAGACCCAGUCUAUGACACACUCUACAGUGAACCUCAGUUUCUCUGGUCAGGAGAUCCGUAACCAUCAGUGUCUCUCAAAAUAAGACCUAACAGAACUCAACACUACAUCAACGUCUCUCUCACUAAGCUGUGAGGAGAAGAGGAACUCUACUGGAUGGAGACUGAAGAGAUACAGAGAGAAAGCAGUGGAGUCAGAGUGUGUCU